AGUGUUUGCAGAGUGCACAUACCGGCGGUACUUCCUUGCAUUAGUAGUUGUUUCCAUUGGUUGUAUCUUCACGUUAGCAGGUGAAACAACACGGUAGUAAUUCUAUACAUUUGUUCUUUUGCUAAAAUGACACAAACGAACUCUAGAGUAUAACGUGCUUUUUGUGAUUGAUUCAUAAUUUGUCAACCACCUAUUCAUCUGGCAUGAUUGUCGCUUCGCUAUUACCGACAGAUCUGCUACAAACACAGGUUGUUUGAUGCCCACUGAUCCACCAUGGAGCUGUCAGACUCAGUUGGACACAAGAACGGCCGGCAGAGGAAGAACACAGCCAACCUCCAAAUUGAAAACAUGAAGGACAGGGAGUUGGAAGGAUCCGGCCCAGAGGUUGAAGAGGAGGCAGAGGGUCUUCUCCAAGGGUUUGACUCGGAGGACAGGAGGCCGGCCAAGGUCAGACCAGGACUCCGGAAGGAGUUGGGGAACAUUCUGCUUCUUCUCUUCCUCUAUGUUCUUCAGGGCAUUCCCCUGGGACUGGCUGGUAGCAUUCCUUUGAUCAUGCAGAGUAAAAGUGUCAGCUACAAGGACCAAGCGUUCUUCAGUUUUGUCUUUUGGCCCUUUAGCCUGAAGCUACUCUGGGCUCCGCUUGUUGACGCGCUGUACUUCAGCAGAUUUGGCCGGAGGAAGUCAUGGCUGGUUCCCACCCAGUACCUGCUGGGUCUCUUCAUGAUCUACCUCUCUGUGACGGUUGACUCACUGCUACAGAGCGAUGACUCCCAUGGACCCGACGUAGUGACUCUGACCGCAGUCUUCUUCAUGCUGUCCUUCCUUGCAGCAACGCAGGACAUAGCUGUGGACGGCUGGGCUCUGACCAUGUUGUCCAGAGAGAACGUGGGCUACGCCUCAACGUGCAACUCUGUGGGCCAGACGGCAGGCUACUUCCUGGGCAAUGUGCUCUUCCUUGCUCUGGAGUCGGCUAACUUCUGUAACCAAUACCUGAGGAGCGAGCCCAAAGACACAGGCUUAGUCACGCUAUCAGAUUUCCUGUUUUAUGGGGGCGUGGUGUUCCUCAUUUCCACGACGCUCGUGGCCAUCUUUAAGAGGGAGAGCGAGCGCGGCCAAGGGAAGAAGCGAGCGAAGGAGACGCAGGGUGUCUUGGAAACCUACAAGCUCCUGUUCUCAAUCAUCAAGUUGCCGACUGUUCUCUCCUUCUGCGCUUUGCUGCUCACUGCCAAGAUGGGCUUCUCAGCAGCCGAUGCAGUGACUGGGCUGAAGCUGGUGGAGGCCGGCGUCCCCAAGGAGAAGCUGGCCUUACUGGCCGUGCCCAUGGUGCCCCUGCAGAUCCUCCUGCCGCUCAUCAUCAGCAAGUACACUGCCGGGCCCCGGCCCCUGGAUAUCUUCUACAAAGCCUUCCCCUUCAGGCUACUGAUCGGCUUGGGGUACGCGCUGCUGGUGUGGUGGACGCCCAGCGUGAAGACGGAAGAAGGCUUCCCUAUGUACUACUACUUGCUAGUGCUGUUCAGCUAUGCCCUUCAUCAGGUGGCGCUGUACAGCAUGUACGUGGCCUGCAUGGCCUUCCACGCCAAAGUGAGUGACCCGUUGAUCGGUGGCACCUACAUGACCCUUCUGAACACGGUCACCAACCUGGGAGGGAACUGGCCCUCCACCGUGGCCCUGUGGCUGGUGGACCCCCUGACCUCCAAAGAAUGCCAGGGGGCCGCCGGGCAGACUUGCGGCUCGCUGGAUGAAGCCGCGCUGUGUGCCAAGGAGGGAGGAGCUUGCGUGACGACGUUGGAUGGCUACUACGUGGAGUCUGUGGUCUGUGUUGUGAUUGGCUUGGUCUGGUGGUUGUGGUUGGGAAAGAGGAUGAGGAGGCUGCAGGAAGAGAGUCCGGCGGCCUGGAGGUGCAAAAUAAGCCAAUAAACACCACUCUGUUUUUUGGUUUACAUGAAACUCUUUUCUCGAGACACGGAGGCAUUGCUCUUGGUCAAAAAAUGCCCCAACGCUAAAAGCAAUGUUUGCAAAACUUUGAUUUGCUCACACCUUUCAUUCUCGUGUAGUCUUCAUGCUAUGGACAAAACCCACACUUUUUUCUUUUUUUAUGUCUCACCUACAUGUUUUGUUACAAGAAAACAUCUUUCAGUAAAGUCGUCCUAACUGUAGAACUGUUCUUUGUUAAAUCAAGGUAAACACAGUUCCUUGGAAAUGAACUGAUUUAUUUAAGAUGGUUAAUAAGAUAAUUGACUCAGGCAUUUUGAGUGUAGCUUCUUUGCAUUCUCUCCACCUGUGCUUUGUGAUAGCUAAAAUAUCGACACACCGUUUCAGAUCAUGGUGAUUGUAUUUGCUCAUUGCUUUGGUCUUAUUCGAAGUAGCACGCAAGUAUAGAUUCUGUAUUUGAAACCUCCUGUACUCCUGGGGCAGGUAAGCCCCAACCCACUGUGUUCUGCCUUGGUUUCUGUUUGUGUUUCACUGUCUGCAACCGGUUCGUUAUUUAGGGAGGUUAUUUGUGCCUUCCUCCACUAAUUCAGUUCAGGCGUAACCGAUAAUGAGCCCUGAUGCCACAUGGAUCAUGUAGACUUUUUCGAGUUAAUAAAACCAUAGUUGGUUACUUUGACAUUCAGAAGAAAUUGUAUUUUACGUUAUUUGUUUUAAUAAACUUGAUUUUGUUGAUUUUAAUUUAAUCUGUAACUUUCCUACAAAAUUAAAUGAGGCUUUACAAAAACGUUCCCGUUAAGUUUCAUUAUCACAGUCCCAUUAUCAGAUUUAUAAUCAACAUGCUGUCAUAUUUUUGUGGAUAUUGGGUUUGCCCCUUAUAAGUAUAGCCGAGUAUACUCGGCUAUACUAAUCCGACAUUCCCAUUUUAAUAAUUUAUCACCAGCGGUCAGCAAGUCAUCACCUAUGCCCAACUUUGGGCACUGCACAUGGAGCAGAAGCAGUAUUUCCUUUGAAAACCAGUCUUUAGAAAUGUAUUUUAAGGGAAAAUGUUAGCAUUUGUUUAAUUUGUUCAUUUUGACACUUCCGACAGCCGCCGCACUUGUGAUCGAUAGAUUAUGUUUUUUUCUCUUCCAACUGGCAUUGUCUUUUUUAGGUUUUAUAUUUAUUUAAAUUGUAAUUUGUUACUUUUAUUUUAUUGAGAGGCACCCUGUUAUCUGUUAAAGUAAAUGGGUUUUAUUUACCCAUUUUACUUUAAAAAAAACGGCGAUUUGCUAUGUGUGCAAAUUCAAAGGGGAAUAUGUAUUUUUGACUUCUUUUCUUUUCUAAUGUAAAAUCAGUACAAAUAUAUCAAUGUAAUGCUUGGGGCUAUUCUGUAUAGAAUAUUCUGAAGGAUGCAAUAUUAAUGAGUACGAAAAUCUUAUAUGAAAUAAAAGUUUCGGAUUCAGUUUCCAUUCUCAAA